ACGGCUAAGAUUUCUUCUUUUACAAAGCUACUCGAAAGGGGUGUCUACAUAGAAUUCGCACUCCAAAAAGGGUAAAUGAUUUUAGUUUUACAGAGAAAAUUAAUGAAUCUCAUCUCAAUUUAACAGAUUUCUCAGUAACUUGAUUCUCGGAACCAUGGCAGCGACGGUUCCUUUCUCUCUUAUCAGAAACUACUCGCAAUUGGUGUCUACAAGAGCUUUUCUUGUAAAAGCGAACAGCUACAAUUUCUCCAACUCUGUUCUUCCUAUCCAAUGUCGUAGGUUGCGUUUUAGUGCCAGUGCUGCAAACAAUGAACAGGCAGCAGCCAGAGCAGCUGCUAUUAAUGCUGAUAGUGGAGCUCCAACAAUAUUUGACAAGAUUAUAAAUAAGGAAAUCCCUUCUAGUAUUGUAUAUGAAGACGAAAAGGUCCUCGCCUUUCGGGACAUCAGUCCACAGGCUCCGGUUCAUGUUCUGAUCAUUCCAAAAUUCAGAGAUGGAUUAACAGAGCUUGGGAAGGCUGAUGCUAGACAUGGGGAGAUACUCGGUCAGCUUCUCUAUGCAGCGAAAAUAGUAGCUGAGAAAGAAGGUAUCGCCGAUGGAUUUCGUGUUGUUAUUAACAGUGGUGCCAGUGCCUGCCAAAGUGUGUAUCAUUUGCACUUGCAUGUUCUAGGUGGGAGACAGAUGAGUUGGCCACCUGGUUAAAGGUUGAAAGCCAAUCCUUGUUGAUUCCUGCAGAACUUUGAAGUAAUUGAAUCAGAAAUGUUUUUUUGUUUUUGAAAAACCUAAAUUUUUCUUUUAAAAUAUGUACCGCUUUUGUGGGAUAAAUGCCAAAGUUUAAAUAAGCAAUCCCAUUGAUACUA